CUAAAACAAGGCUGGCGACACCUUUUUGGAAGGGCAACCAUCUGUACAAUAUAACUGUAUUUAGUAGGUUUGAACAAAAAAACUACUCCCUCCAUGUCUUAAAUUACUGGAUGUUUUUAAGAAUUCUUCAAAUAUUAAAAACAUUUCAAGAAGACUGAUUUACUUAGGGAUUGUACUUGGUAGCAUGGAAAUAUGGAGCGGGAAGCAGAAAAUAGGAAAUUAGAGAUGCGGGAAACGAGAGUUUUAUCUUUUAAGAAAAAAGUAUAUCAGAACAGGUAUGAAGUAGUACUAAACUACUGAUCAAAUUAACGGAGCGAGAGUUUAUCUCUCUAAAACUUCGUUCCUCCUGGGGCAUUCACGCCGCUAGGGUUAAGCGCCUCCGCCGAUAGGGCGGUUUGGAUUCUGAUUUUGGUUGUUGUCGGCCGGAGAUCGUGUUGUGCAGGUAGGUUGUGAGCUUUUCGCUCGACUUCUAUUCCGGAGCUCGCAUCGCGGCAGGGGUGGACAGAGGUAGGGCGACGGAAGUCGACGGAUGGAAGGGCUGGUGGAUUCUUACAGGAAGAUGGCUAUGCGGGAUCAGGAGAGCGAAUUGAAUUUUGAUGGGGAUCUGGCAGAGGAAGUUGCUGAAGAACAGGAACUACCCAGAUUUCCGGCAGUGGGAGUGGUCAUUACGGAUCGGAAGAUUAAACUUUCUGGCUUUCAGGAAUUAAUGACUUCACUGUGAAAACCUGUGAAAGGUAUGACGAUCAAAGAGAUCGGCGAACGCAGGUAUUUGCUGAAUUUUAAUCAUGUUCUUGAUAUGAAUCGAGUCAUUGAGGAAGGUCCUUGGUUGUAUGAACGAGAUUUAAUCCUGAUGAAAGCUGUUCAGCCUGAUGAUAUUCCUGAAUCUAUGAAUUUGUUUGAGGCUAACUUUUGGGUACAGGUUCAUAAUGCCCCUAUAAAGUAUAGAAAUUUAAGAUCUGCUAGAAGAAUUGGUAAUUAUAUAGGCUCUUUCAUAAAAUAUGAGAUGAGUGAUUUUGAUGGAAAGCAGAGUUCUUAUUUGAGAAUAAGGGUGAGUAUGGAUGUUCGCCAACCCCUGAAAAGGGGCACAAAUCUAACACAGGAUGGCAUAAAACAUUGGGUUGACUUUAAAUUUGAAAAGUUGCCCAGCUUCUGUUUUAUUUGUGGUAUUAUUGGACAUUCUGAUAAAUUCUGUCCCUUAAAGUAUGAGGAAGGUUUUAUAGCUGAAAAACUCUACGGAGUGGGUCUUUGAGCAAGUGGCAGAGUGAAGACCAGCCCUACAGGGUUUAAUAAAUGGCUGUCUGAUGGGGGCUCUAGCUUAGAGGGUUACGGAGGCCAGAGAAAGCUUGAUCAAGGGGGAGAGCACACGGCGGAGUCCAAGACUUGCAGAGAUCCACUGACUGAGAACAUGGAAAAGGAAGAUCCAUAUGGGGAUCUGAAAAGAAGACGUACGUGGGAAGACCAGGAGAAGGAAGGCUUGAUGGGAGAGGAGAUGGCUCUUGAUGGGUCAAAAAAUGGGAAAGGGGCGGGUCAGCUAUCCUAGACCCGCCGAGAACUUUCUGGCUGGUGGUGAAGAUGAAUUUUGGUUUUGGUGUCUUUUCAGUUCUCUGUUUUGGUUUUUGUGAUUCCAGCUACUUUAUGUUUUGUUGUUUUUGUUCUUUUAUUUACUGUAAGACUUUGGCAUUAGGGCGGGGGGAGGAAGUUUCUGCGGUAACCGUCUUAAGCUCUUUAUUGCCCACCAUUGGUCUAGCGAACUAUACUGCUUGUAUACAGGUGGAUAGCUCUCAGUCUCGGCCACAGGCGGAUGGUUAUUUGCGGUUUUUCUCUAGUUUGUUACCCUUGCUGAAUGCUAUUUCUAUGAAUUAAGACUUCUUCGAGCAAAAAAAAAAAAGAAAAAAGUAUAUUAAACGUGUCGAAAACCC